AUGAUCGAUUUUACAGUCUUCACGUUGUUAUUGAGUGUAGUUGCAGCAGUUCCGUUUUUAAACAAUCCAACGUCCGAAAUGUCUGCAGAUGAGAGAAUUAUUGGAAAAAAUAAAACGGUGGAAUCAGACGAGAGUGGUCACGAGGUUGAAUCAGAUGUUGAUGAUAAAAAGUUCUUAGAUUUUGCUUUAAAAACAGUAUUAGAUCCUACUACAGUUAUCACGAAAAUAGAUGAUAGAAUAGAAAAUUUAAGUGCUCAAUUGGAAGUGAUUGACAAAGAAAAUACAACUUUAGACAAAUUCAUUGAAGACAUGGAUACGUUGAGUUUGGAUGUAUGUCAAUUGUCACAGAAAUUUUUAUGGGAAUAUGUGACAGAUAUUAGCAGUGAAAUUAAAAAGAAUAAAAUGAUACGAAUAGCUGCCGAGGAGGAUAAAAUAAAAAAACACUAUUGGUAUACCUUAAAAAUGAAAUAUUUAAAUGCUUCUGUUGGUGUACACCCGAAACUAAAGAGAAAAUUGAGAAUUAUAAAAGAACGGGGAAUCAGUGUUCAAAUGCCUCAAAGUAAACAAAGAGAAGAAAUAGACACAAUGCAACGAAUUUGGAGCAGGGUGACGAUAUGCGCCUACAAUGUAACUGACUGCAAUAACGAAGAUUCGUUGCGAACAAUGAAUGACAUAAUAUCUACAUUUAAAUCAAGUAAUGACUCAGAAGAAUUGUCAUACUAUUGGAGAGCCUACCGUGAUGCAACUGGAAAGAAAAUCCGUCCUAUUUUUAAAGACUAUGUAAUAAGAAUGAAUAAUAUCGCCGUAUCAGAAGACUUUUCUGAUGCGGGAGAUAUGUGGCGGUAUGCCUUUGAAGAUAAUGAUUUUACUGAAACAGUUGAUAGACUUUGGGCCGAAAUAAAACCUUUUUACAAUAUCCUACACGGUUAUGUUAGAGCUAAAUUAAAAGCUUAUCAUAAUAAAGAAUUGAAUAAAGAUAAUACUGCAAUACCAGCUCAUCUUCUUGGUAACUUAUGGGCUCAGGAAUGGCAAGCAUUAUUUAACAAAGUUACAGCGUAUCCUGACGUUGAAAGACCUAGAAUCUCAGAACAUCGGGAUGUACAUUCAAAAGAUCUUUUCAAAGCAGUUGAUGAAUUUCAUCAAUCGCUUGGUUUUGAGAGUGCAAAUGAUACUUUCCAAGAUGUCAAUGACACAACUCAAAUAACUAACUGUUUGCCAUCAAGUCAUGACAUGUGUGAUGGUGUUAAUUACAAGAUUAAAUGGUGCGGUGAGAAGGUAUUGGAUGUGACUAUGGGACUAUCGAGAGCAGCUAGAUUAUUAGGUCAUAUUCAAUAUUUUAAGCACUACAAAAACCUGCAGCCUCUUUAUAGAGAUGGACCAAAUCCAGCGUUCCACGAUGCGAUCUCUGACAUCGUAGCGGUGCAGGUGACCUCGCCGAAGCAUUUGCAGACCCUGAACUUCGUGAAGGUAGCCACUAGCGCCGAAUCUACAGUUAACCAUUUACUCUGGUUGGCUUUGGAAAAAUUUCCAUUAAUGGCAUAUGCGUAUGUCCUCGAUAAAUGGAGAUGGGACGUUUUUGCUUAUAGUAAUAUGAAAGAUUGGAACCAACAUUGGUGGGACCUAAGAAUCAAGGAAACUGGUAUAUCGCCUCCAGUCCCUCGGAACGAAAGUGACUUAGAUCCAGCGGCCAAGUAUCAUGUGGUUUCACACGUACAAUAUAUUACAUAUCUUAUAUCUCACAUACUGGAGUUUCAAAUAUUAUUAUCAUUAUGCAAGACAGCAAAUCAUACAGGACCUUUGCACGAAUGCUCUCUAUAUGGCGUGAAGGAAGCAGGAACAUUGUUAAGCAACGGUAUGUCUCUCGGAGCAAGCGAAGAUUGGCGAACAGUUUUAGAAAAAAUAACAGGUGACACUGAACUUUCAACCCGAGGCAUUUUAGAAUAUUUUGCCCCAUUAAGGGAUUUUCUUCAAACUGAAACUGAUAAACUAAAAAUCGCCGAACAAGAUAUGGAUAUAAGUGCCCCGAUAGUUGUUGGUAUUAUUGUUGUUAUUUUAACUUUACUUAUGUUUGUUUUAUAUUGUGUGAAAAACCGUAAUGCGGUUAGCAGAGUGUUGUCUCUAUGCGGAUUAAGCAAAAACGGCUCUUUAGACAUUGUUACCCAUGAAGUACCACAAGGAAAAUCCAACGAAAUAAGCGGAGUGAGCGAGGAUAAAGUU